AUGGAAGGGUACGGGUACGGGUCGGAUCAUGGUUCAUUCGGAAGUGAAAGAAGAAUCGAGAUAGUGAGCGGGAGAAGCUACGGUUUCAGUCAGAGCUACUACGUGGGUCGGAGUGAGUCAACUGGUGAGGUGACUCGAGCGAGUCACGACGGAGCGGCACCGGUGGCGAAGCCAUGGAGCUUCAACGACGCGGCAACGAAGAGGAGAAAGAGAAUAGCGAGGUAUAAAGUUUAUGCUGUUGAAGGUAAGGUUAAGGCUACGUUUCGGAAUGGGAUCCGAUGGAUCAAACAUACUUGUUCUCGGAUUGUCCAUGGGUACUAA